AUGCCUUUUGGAGAGAUUGUUUGUGGAUCUCCGGGGAGCGGGAAGUCGACAUAUUGUUAUGGGAAACACCAACUUUUCACAGCGUUACAGCGACCAAUAUCCAUUGUGAAUCUGGAUCCUGCCAACGACACCCUUCCUUACCCAUGCGCGAUCGACAUAUCUUCCUUAAUCACGCUUGGAGAUGUGAUGGAAGAACAUGGACUAGGACCUAAUGGAGGAAUGUUGUAUUGUAUGGAAUAUUUGGAAGCCAACUUUGAUUGGCUAGAAGAGCGUCUGAAGGAACUUGGAGAAGAUGCUUAUGUUCUGUUUGACCUUCCAGGACAAGUCGAGCUGAGUACGAACCAUGAAAGCGUCAAAAAUAUAGUCGAGAAACUGACAAAAAACUCAUUCCGGCUGGCUGCUGUCCACCUUUGUGACGCUCAUUACAUCACGGAUGCGUCGAAAUAUAUAUCGGUUCUCUUGCUGUCCCUGCGAGCGAUGCUCCAGCUUGAACUACCUCAUAUCAAUGUUCUAUCCAAAAUCGACCUUUUAUCGCAAUACGGAGAUUUGGAUUUCAAUCUCGACUUUUACACGGAGGUGCAAGACUUGUCUUACCUUGAAAACACGCUGUCCGCGUCGCUUCCACCACGCUUUAGCGCGUUAAACAUGGCCAUGAUAUCUCUAAUAGAAGAUUACGGGCUUGUUGGAUUUGAAACUCUAGCUGUUGAGGACAAAAACCUCAUGCUCAACUUAACCCGCGUCAUCGACCGCGCAACAGGUUACAUCUUUGUGCCACCGGCUGAAUCCAAUCAACCGCCUGGUACAAUUGAAGAACACAAUUUGGGACCCGCUGCCCGCCCAAACACCUACGCACUAUUCACUAGCGCCGUCGCUCCAUUACAAGGUCCUGGAAGCAAUAUACGCGACAUUCAGGAACGAUGGAUCGAUGCGAAGGAGGAAUAUGACGCGUUUGAAAGGAAGGAGUGGAGAAAAGAAGGAGAAUUGGUGCGGGAUCAAGCAGCGCGAGCAAGCAAGAUAAGAGAAAGGAAGACGCCGUCCAAGCCCGGUUCAAAUAACUCAAACGCUAUGCAACUAUAG